AUGCCAUUCUCACGGGAAUGCAGAAUCACCUCUCGAUGUGCGGUUUUGUCGUCUGCUAGCCAGCAGGGCAAGACGUUCAAACCAGUGCUCCGCGGUAAAAGUGACAAAAACCCCUGCUGCCCCUUGAAACACCAGGCGAAACUCAGCCUACAGAGCGAGGAGAACUCCAGGAUGUCGAUCAGCCGCGUAAACGUCAGGAAAACCCCCGACUUCGAGCUGGAGGCCCCAAACCCACAACGAAGGACGCCGCUCUGUGCGAGCUGCGGAGAAUCGCUAUACGACACUUCCCGCAUCGCAUGUUCGACUUGCACAGAUUGGACUCACGCCCGCAAGGCCUGCUCAGGCCUGAGCACGGCCGAAGCGAGACGGGAGAUCAUGAUCGUCAACUUCAAGUGCGCACGGUGCACCACUCUGGGUGAACUGAAAGAAACCGAACCCAUGGAGGAGGGCACGACGACCCAGGCCACCCUGAUUCUGAUUCUCAGUGAGCUCAGGGACUGUAAGUCCAAAAUCGUCAACCUUCAAGAAGACAACCGUCUCCUGCGAAAAGAAAAUGCAGAAAUCCGAAUCACGCUGACCCAGCUGCGAACGAAAACCGCUCCACCCCCUACAAAGCACGAAUCACGCGGGAGAAGCCGGCAGCGUAAACAGACCGAGAGCGAGACCCAUGCGCGCGCACCACAGCGACCGCGCUCUAUCCUACGGAACAGCCCGACGGCUCAGCCUCCGUCGAAUAGGAAAGAACCUCGAACGAAAACAAAAACAUCGAACAAGCACCGUCCAUCGGAGGGACUCGUCGUGAGCGAGGCUUCCUAUGCGAACGAGGAUGCCAAGAAGAAGCUAGAACGAGCUCUCCCGGUUGCGAAAGUCAAAUACUGCACCCGCAAGCUGAUCGUGACGCUGUACAACUCGGCCGCAACCGCCGAGAACGUGCUGAACCAUCUGAAGAGCAACCAGUGCACGGCCGACAGGGUGAUCCGGAUCAAGACAAAAACAAAAACCGACAGCUACAGGUGUUUUGUGAUCCAGUGCAGUGACCUCGACUUCGAAGAAAUCCACAACAACGAACAACUGUGGCAUCCAGCAUCCCAUCACCCGACCCAAACCGAAGAUCGACCCAGACCGGAAGAACGAACUCAAGACCCCCGGACCGGACCCACAACGCAAGUACUGAGUUGGAACGUCGAAGGCCUACUCGGUUUCAUGAAGAAGGACAGCGACUUCGACUUCAGUCCAUACAGCGUAGUCAUGCUGACAGAAACAUUCCUGGCAAGCGAACCAGACAACCAAAUAGUACCGAACUUCAAAGGAUACUAUUCAGAAGCCCAACGAACCAAGGGAAGACCGAGCGGAGGCCUUGCGAUCCUGGUAUCACCACUCAUCCCAGACACGAAAAUUGUGUUCAAAGACGAACACAUUCUCGGAGUCGCAAACGCAACUCAACAGACAACCUACCUCGUAGCCUACUUCACCCCAAACAACCCAGUGGCAGACAUCAUAGCUGAUACCCACAAGGACACCAGAGCAUCAGACCUCAUCGAAGCUCUGCUCCUCAUCGAUUUGCAUCUCCUCAACGACGCACAAACAAUGACGUACCACGCUCACAACGGGCAGAGCGCAAUCGACCUGAUGUUCGUAUCAGAAAACCUCACCAGCCGCGCAGAUCUGAAAGUGCUACCCACCAUCGACAGAAAACACCAACGUCUGUCCCUGCGUGUCACUCUCUCCAACCCAGGCACAAAACUCACCGGAAAUCGACCGGGCCCACCACUGAGAAGGAUCAGAGAGUGCGACCUCAAUAAACAUAUCCCGGCCAUCUCCCAACUCCCCGAGCACACACUCGAUGAGACUUACCAACAAUUCCUGACGCUCAUCGAGAAAUCCACCCACGUGCAACCACUCAAAAAGCGAAAGAACAAGCCCUGGUUCGACAGCGAAUGCCGGUCGCUGAAACAACUCUCGCUGAGCAAGAUAGGGACGGCUGAAGAAAAACGACCGUGCCUACCGAAGGUCGACAUCCCGACUUUUGAGGAAUACUACGGAAACCUGUACCUAUCGACAGAAGCCGCCCCGACAUUUGGACCCGCCCGGCAACACCCCGGAGGACCCGAAGACUGGUACAACGAUUAUAUAACCAACGACGAGGUGACCGAAACCCUGAGAAGAAUGAAAAGACACAAGGCAGUCGGACCAGACCGGGUCGCAAUCGACAUUCUAAAAGACCAUGAAAUCCUGACACCGCUGGUCACCAGAAUGUUCAACUCAGCCCUCAACUCCGGCACAAUCCCAAGCGCUUGGCGUACCGCCCACGUCAAACCGAUCUUCAAAGGCAAGAGCUCCCCAGAGGACCCAAGCAACUACAGAUGCAUUAGCCUCGCUUCGCACACCUACAAAGCAUUCACCAACACGCUAGCAAACCGCCUCACGCUCCAUUGUCUACCGAAGAUCUCAGAUAACCAAUAUGGAUUCCUCCCCCACCGAUCCUGCGAUCAAGCAAUCCAGUCCCUCAUAGAAUACAUCGACUCGAAUGAAAUUCCCACCUACGCUGUGUUCAUCGACUUCAAAGCAGCUUUCGACAACGUCAACAGAACGAAACUCCUACAAGCUGUGGCGGAAAAAUUCGACAUCAGGGGGAAGAUUCUCAACACGUUCCGGUCCAUACUCCAACCGAACAAACUCAUCAUCGACAGCGGAACCGAUCUCAGCGACCCGGUCACUCAGUACAAGGGUGUGGCCCAGGGCGACUCGAUCUCCCCGCUGUUUUUCGUUCUAUUUAUCAACAGCUUGCUCACAAGACUCGAGAGGAGACAGGUCCUCGCGAAAAUGUACGCUGAUGACCUCGUCAUUGCGUCGAGCAACGCAGAAGAGCUGCAGAGAGCACUGUCUUCCCUCUCAAUUUGGUGCGAAGAGAACGAGAUGAUCAUCAACACGGGAAAAACCAAAGCAAUGAAAUUCCGAAAAGCAGGUGCGACAGGGAACACCAAACUGUACAUAAACAGAACCCCGAUACAGCUCGUACAAAGCUUCAAAUACCUCGGAAUAACGAUGCAACCAGCGCUGGGUUUCAGUGACCACGCAGACCAAUUGCUCACGCGCACCGCAACGACCAUCGUCUGCCUUGGAAAUCUCCAAAAACUUCCACUGACGCUGGCCUUGAAAAUCUUCCAAAUCAAAAUCAUGCCAACCAUCCGGUAUGGGUUCAACUGCAUAUCCACCAAACUCGCCAGAACCAACCUAGAAAAACUGGACAAAUGCAAACUACUAUACCUCAAAUCGGCUCUCGGGUUAAGCAAAUACACAUCGAACACCUUCGUGCUCACCCUGACGAAAGAGAAAACCCUGUGCGAGGACCUCGAAGAGCUGGGUUACAAAUUCGACGAGACAGUGUGGAAGGAGUACAAGGAAAACCUCGAUCGCAAAAAUGCCGAGUUCAACAUCCAAGUCUACUCAGAGGGGCCGGCGUUCCGCGCGGAAGGAUGGAAACUCGCGAACCGGAGCAGCCGUGCCGCCAUCUGCCGAAUAACCUAUCACGGAUACCACCACAAAUUCUGCACGAGAAAAGACUUCUUCGUGAAUUGUGAUAAUCUAUGUACAUGUAAAUACUGUGGUGAAGCGGGAAUCAAUCGACUUCACAUCUUAAAGUGUAUAUAUUUCGAAAACCGAACGAUCACGGAGAUCGUCAGAGAGAUCACCAAAACUGCGUAA